UCGGAGGACGACGACGAGGAGGAGGACGAUGAUGAUGUCACAUAUGCGGUCGAGGUGGAGGAAAAUAAUGGAGACGAAGAACACAUGGUAUGCACACGAAUCAGGGCAGUCUCCUUGAGCUUGAGCGUGAGCUCAACGAUUCUUCGCGAAAAUCGACGAAGGCGUUCGAGUAUUUGACUCGCCUUCAUUUGGGGGAGUCGCAGGAGGCUGCGAAGACCAUGAAUGAGGCACAUGCCGAAACAUUUAUGGUUGUCCGGCUGAAGGCGUCAACACUGGCACCGAAACAAGCCAAAUGUAAACCGGAGAGGCCACGGAAGGUUGUGGAGGGCGCGACUUUAAUCGAUGACAGUGGUGGUGCCACUGAUAAUGUUGUGGAGGAGGAAUGUUGUGACUCCCAAGAGCGGUCGGUCGGGGCUGCACCCGAACCGGCGAAACUCAAGCUGGGGAGAUCACGGAAGGUCGCGGAGGAGGAAACUGCUGCAAUGGAGGAGAGCGGCGAGACUGGAGAGAAUAGUGCGGAGGGUCGGAAGGGGGACGCCUUUGAUUCCGAAGAACAGCCGCUUGCACGCAAGAAUUACAAACAAUUAGAGUCAACAAACUGAGGCAGGAUACUUGGGGGUUGGAGUGGGUGUGGAAAUGACACUUGCGGGCUAGAGCUGGUGUGAAACUUUGUUGUGUGUGUGUUUGUAUCACGUGUGCCGGUUUAAAAUUUCAAGUUCUGAACUUUGACGUUCGAAGAAUGUCGGUCGUUGAUAAACUUAACAUUUUCAA